AUCCACAUUAUGUAAGAGCCAUCAAUCUGUGCGUCGUUAUAUGAGACUUGGGAGGAAAAGUGGUUUUGAAGUCUCUCAGGCCGCUGCGGCUCCGGUCAACCCCCUCCUGUCUGGAAAACAGCAGCAGCCGGAUCACAAGAUUCAGAUUAAGAUCAGAAAGGAGAACCUGUUGAUCAGCCUUCAGAGUCUGGAGAGUUUCCUCUGUCUCUUUCACUACGUGCAGCAUCAUCCCACUCUCAGCUCCAAAGAUGCUCUGAGGUUCUGCUCAGACAUGAGUGGGGCCAGUAACACACUGGCAAGAGAGUUCCUGACGGAUGUUCAUCAGCUGUGCAGCGCUGUGGCUCAGAGGGUGGAGGCUCGAGAGGAGGAUGAGGAAGAAAGCCACAUGGUGGCACUUGGGGAAUACCUAGUGAGGGGGCGGGGCUACCUUUUGCUCAGCACCCUUGAUGCAAUCAUCGAUCAGGAGCUGACUUGUCGGGAGGAGCUGCUCACUCUGCUGCUGUCUUUGCUCCCACUGGUGUGGAAGAUUCCUGUGCAGGAGGAGAAAGCUCCAGACUUCAACCUGCCGUCCCUAAUAGAGGUAUUCCUCAGCCGGGAGGUGAAGGCCGUUCCUCUCAGGACCGGACCGAAGACUGCGACAGACGAGCAGAACUCUGGGAAGCAGCCGCGUGCCGGCAGUGGCACUUGGAAGUCACGCAGAUCACGUCGGACGGCACAGAGAUACUCUGUUAAAGAUGCUCGCAAGUCCCAGGUCUCUACCUCAGACUCUGAAGCCAACUCAGAGGACAGAGCUGUUCCAGGCUCAGGCGGCGCCCGGAGCCGCAGGUCGCAUGUCUCCCCUGUCCAGGUAAGCUGUCGGCAUCAUCCAUCAGAGGCCUCACAGUCCACUCCCACUCUGUGCAACAGCACGGGCACCAUGAGCGCACCGUACCCCCAUCCCAGAGCCCCCGGGGGCCAAACCCUUGACCAUGAAACCCUUACGGACCCUGCUGCAAUAUCAAUCUUCAACCGCAUGGAGAACUCCCCCUUUGAUCUUUGCCACGUGUUGCUUUCCCUUCUGGAGAAAGUCUGCAAGUUUGACAUGAGCAUCAACCACAAUCCCGGCUUGGCCGUCAGCGUCGUACCUGCGCUCACAGAGAUCCUGACAGAGUUUGGAGAUUGCUGUGGUCCAGGAGGAGGCGGAACAGGGGCGGAGGAGCUUGCUGGAGGCUGGACGGAGGAGCCAAUUGCACUGGUUCAGAGGAUGCUGCUACGCACCAUUUUGCACCUGAUGUCGGUUGACGUGUGUCAGAACGACAAACUUCCAGACAGUCUGAGGCGGAGCUUGACGGAUCUGCUGCGAGCCACGCUUAAAAUCCGUAGCUGCUUGGACAGGCAAAGUAACCCGUUUGCUCCACGGCCCAAAAAGACUCUGCAGGAGGUCCAGGAGGACUUCUCCUUCUCCCGUUAUCGACACCGAGCGCUGCUGCUUCCAGAGCUGUUGGAAGCAGUACUGCAGGUGCUGCUGGGGUGCCUCCAGGCCUCCACACCCAACCCCUUCUUUUUCAGCCAGGCCCUUGAGCUCAUCCAUGAGUUUGUUCAGCACCGUGGCCUCGAGCUGGUUGAGGCUACAGCGCUGCGACUGGAGGGACUUGGGACGGUCAGAGAUUCGGAAAUAGGAGUAGAGGCUUCGGAGCGAUUACGAGGUCUCAUCGCAGAAGUCUUCAAGAUCAUGAGCGCUGUGAAGAAGGCAAAGUCAGAGCAGCUGCAUCAGUCUGUUUGCGCUCGUCGCCGCCACCGCCGCUGUGAAUAUUCCCACUUCCUGCAUCACCACAGGGAUCUGUCCGGGUUGCCAGUGUCUGCUUUCAAGCAGGCUGCCGGUCGAAAUCCCUUCGAGGACGAUGGAGGAAACACGGAUGGAACCGAGGGCAAUGCGGUUCGGUACCCCGAGCGCUGCUGCUGUCUGGCCGCCUGCGCCCACCAGUGUCUGCGGCUUUUGAAGCACCUGUCCCCCACUGGUCCAGCUGUGCUGCAGGUAUUGGCUGGUGUGCAGGCUGUUGGAAUCUGCUGUUGCAUGGACCCCCGCUCAGUAAUAGGGCCCCUGCUCCAUGCUUUUCAAGCUCCAGGUCUGCGUAGUUACCAAUCUCAUGUUUUAAGUGUGCUGAGCAGACUCAUUUUGGACCAACUGGGUGGGGGGCAACCCUCAGAGAAAGCCAAACUGGCGUCCUGCAACAUCUGCACUCUGGACAGCAGCCAGCUGCCGGGCCUGGAGGAGACACUUCAACACGGAGAACCUUCAACCCUUUCCACCAAUCUCUGCUACCGCUCCCAAGGGAUUCUCCCCAGUGGAGGGGGAGCUGAGGACAUGUUCUGGAAAUGGGACGCACUGGAGGCCUACCAAGAACUGGUCUUUGGUGAAGACAGGCAGCUGAGUCAGCAGAUCGCUAGCCACGUGUGCCACCUGACGCUGCGUGGCAAUGCUGUGGUGCAGUGGCAGCUCUACACACACAUCUUUAACCCCGUCCUGCAGAGAGGGGUCGAACUGGUCCACCAUGCCCAACAGCUGGGGGUCUCCACCGUCUGCAGUCAGGUCUGCAGCUACCACACACAGUGCCUGUCUGUGGAGGUUCUCCUCGUCUACCUGCAGACUCUACCAUCACUUUUAAAGUCCAGGGUCAUCAGAGGGCUUUUUAUUAGCUGUAAUGGACUCAACCAGGUGACAGAACUGGUGUACCUGGACCAAACACGUUCUUUGGCUUUGAAAGUGUUUGAAACGCUCAUUAUCGGUGUGGGGCGGCAGCAGGCCGAUGGGAAUCUUCAGGAGAUGGACAGUGCUGAGGAGAGGGAGGCCGUCCUUGGCCUCGCUGAAGAACUGGGGGCCAGAGGAGUCGGUGAGGGUCCGCAGAGUCUUAGCAAAUUCUACGAAGGUCUGAAGGAGGCGUGUCCACGGCACAAGACCCGCAGCGGACAGGGUCGGGGAUCUGUGCACGGCCGCACAGAGACUCACCUCCAUGUCAUUAACCUCUUUCUGUGCGUGGCCUUCCUCUGUGUCAGCAAAGAGGCCGACUCGGACCGCGACUCGGCCAACGACUCCGAGGACACUUCAGGUUACGACAGCACGGCGAGCGAACCUCUGGGCGGGCGUCUGCCUUAUCUGUCGCCGGACAGUGUAGCAUUACCCUCCAAAGAGCAGCUGCGCCGCGCUGCAGAUGUUUGGUCUGUGUGCCGCUGGAUUUACAUGGCCAGCCCUCUGUUUCAACAGCAGUUCUUCAGGCUCGGCGGACUCGAUGUGUGCUUGCGCCUCAUGGCCAUGGUCAUCCAGAAACUCUCUGCUAAGACCAAAGACGGGAAAGCAAAGAGGAAAAGGGAUGGCAAAGCCAAAGGCAGCCCCGAGUCUGCAGCUCCGGUCACGUCCCAGGAACCGGAGGACACCUGCCGGGAUUCACCGGACACCAACGGCUCCAGUUCAGCGGAAGGAAAGGCCAAAGAUUCAGGAAAAAGGUUGGAAGAAGAGUGGCAGCUGCAAAGCAUCCGCCUCCUGGAGGCCUUGCUGGCUAUAUGUCUUCACAGUGCCAACUCAGCCUUCCAGAGAAUGGAGCCUGAGCUUUCUUAUCAGCUCCAGUCCGUGGAGGACACUUUGUUUGAGGUGAGAGACCAGCUGUCUCGCUCAGGUGUGGUGAACUCUGACCUCGCCGUGCCCCUGUUCGACUCGUUGCUGAGAGUCGCCUUGGCAGAGGUGUCGUUCUCUCCGGAUCCUCCUGAGGAGAAACCAGACAGGAAGCUCCAGGUGCUGGCGGAAGGGGUGGAAGGGGCGGCCCCGGCGGGCGAUCUGUCUGAGGAGGUGGAUGAGGUGCAGAGCUACAACGUCAAGCUCCCGGGGGAGGAGGAAGGCUACGACGCCGACAGCGAGAGCAACCCUGAGGACAUGGCCAAGCAGGAAGAGGGAGGAAAGGUGGAGUCGGCAGCUCUUCAGGAGUUUGCGGCGCCUCUAGACGGGCCUGGGAGUGGCGUGCUGCUGUUUCCUGAAAUCUGCACCGUGGAGCUGCAGCUCCUGGCCUCGGGCUCCCCGGACCCGAAGGUUCUGGGUCACGUAUUUCACAGCCUGCUGAGUGCGGUUCAUGCCAACCCCCAAAACGCUGCCUUGCUCUAUGAUCAGGGAGGAGUCAAAACCAUCCUGAGCGGCUUUCACGACAUCCUGAGUGAAACAAACCCCGCCCACGCCGAUUGCCAGACCGUGUUGAUGGAGCUGCUGGUCGCCAUGGUGACGGAGCGCAUCACGUCAGAGGAACUGGCACUGCUGAUCCGCCUCUUCCUGGAAAAGACCCCACCCACUGACAUUCUGCUGAAAGGUGUUUUAAAAAUCAUUGAGGCCAACAUGAAUAUGGAACCUCUUCACUUCCUGACCUUUCCGGUGAUCCUUGGCUCGUCUGUGCCCGGGGGGUCGUCCCCCUGCUCCAGGCAAAACUGCACCACUGGGGGCAAAAGCGUGGGUUCGCUCUGGAAGGGCAAACUGUCUCCUGGUCGCAGAGAGGGAGAAUCUGAGCACCGAUCGACCCACCUCCACCCUUCUCCCUGGCUCGUCGCUCCUCUCCACCUGCCCCUCGUGGGGCAAAACUGCUGGCCCCACAUGGCCAGCGGGUUCAGUGCCUCAAUUUGGUUGAGGCUGCGGGAGCAGGAGCAGAAGGAAGCGGACAGAGACAAAGAUAAAAGUAAUCCUCCAGUAGCCGAGGCACGCGGUUCCUCACCUCAUGCUGGGGCAAGAACAGCAGAGGAAGGCCUCAUUCACAUUCUGUCUAUGGGCUCCAAGGCUUUGAUGCUCCAAGUGUGGGCAGACUUCUCCACAGGGUCUCUCAUAUUCAGGAUGUGUAUAGACCCAAACGAUGAAACAAAAGCGGGGCUGCUGGUGCAGACGGAGUCUGCUGAGGGUUUGCUGAGACGGGGUCCGUGGCAGCACCUCGGCCUGACGUACAGCCAGCAGCCAGAGGGCAAAAAAAGCCUCCACGGCAGCGUGAGCGUGUGGGUGUGCGGCAUCAGGAAAUGUGAGGUUUCUUUGGAUUACACCCUGCCCAGAAAGUCCAGCUUAUCGUCCGACAGCAACAAAACCUACUGCAUGUUGGGACACUGCGCGUCAUCAGAGGAGGUGCUCAAGCAGGGGGGGCAUUGGAAUAUGGGCACUGUGCUCCUCUUCAAUGGGUCAAGAAUAGGACCUGAGGAGGCCUUUUACCUGUACUCCAGUGGACCCGACCUUACCUCCAUCAUGCCGUGUAAGUACGGCAAACCAAGAGGGUCCUUCUCCAAGUUUGUUUCCCAGGAGAGUCUGAAGUGUGACCAAAUGCAAGAGAUUCUCAUGAAGAACAGAGACUUUGAUGCAGGAUUGUUGGUGGAGAGCUUGGCAGUGGUGUACGCCCCCAGCAGUCCCAGACUCUAUACCAUCUAUGAGCCCGUCAUCAGGCUGAAAGGUCAGGCCAAAACGGUCAUCACUCAGCGGCCCUUCAGCUCCAAAGAGGUGCAGAGUGUCUCCUUGGAGCCCGGCGUUCUCCGAGGUCUGGUUCCCGUGGAAACCCAAGGCCUCCAGAGCGUCCUGCAUAAAAUCGGUGGAACGGGAAACUUUGUUUUCCUCUUUGCACAGACGGUGGAACUGAGCGACUGCGAGAAAACCCAAGCUCUGGCGCUGCAAGUGCUGCUCUCUCUCUGCAACUCCAACCAGCAUCGCAUCCACGAAAUGGACUGUUACCAUGGUUACGCCAUGAUCCACCAGGUCCUCAUCAAGCCCAAAUGCGUCGUCGGUUAUCACAUGUUGAAGACGCUGCUUGACGGAUGCUGCAGCGGACCCAUCCUCCUCCUGGGGGAGGACGGUCAGUUCCGAUUGGACGCCGAGUCGGUCGCCGUGGUGCAGGACCUGAGGCUCCUGUCAGAAAUUCUGCUGGACUGGAAGGUCUGGGCCAAGGCUCAGUGUGGAGUGUGGGAAACACUACUUGCUGCCUUGGAGAUCCUCAUCAGGGUCCAUCACCCCUAUCAGGUCUUCAACAUACGUCAGCUCCUCAACGCUGGAGUUGUGCAUCGCUUCCUGCUGGCCUGCCAGGUGCUGCAGGAGCACCGGGACGAGCAUCUGACCACCAUCCCUCAGGAAGUGUGUUUGUCGUUCAUCAAAAUCAUCCAGGAGGUUCUGGGCUCUCCUCCGGACUUGGACCUGCUCAGACUGAUCUGUAACUUCCUGCUGGCCGUUCACCCCCCCACCAACACCUACGUGUGCCACACUCCGUCCAGCUUCUAUUUUUCCCUGCACAUCGAUGGGAAGCUGUACCAGGAGAAGGUGCAGUCCAUCAUGUACCUGAGACACUCCAACAGUGGCGGGAAAUCUGCCAGCAGCUCCGUGAUGUCGCUGUCCCCAACUGUGUUCACCGAGGCCCCCCAGGAAGGGAAUUUGCCUCCUCUUAGCUCUGAACACGGAGGAGAGGAUCAGUCCCUACGCCCUCCGAGUCUGGCUCCCUCUCCGUACGCCUCUCCCCUGCUGACUCCUCGGCUCGGACGUGGCGGUCCGGGUGAAGCGGGUGAAGGAGACGGAGUCUCGCUGAACUCCCAGCAACCUCUGGGCAGCACGGAAACUCUCAAGAAGGUCGGCGGGGACGAGCAGCUCCUGAGCAGCUGUGAGUCAGCCAAAACCAUCUGCGACUUGAAGGACCCGGUCGAGGGAGCCGCCCCGCGUCCCCCGUCCAUCAGUGUGGAGGAGGACCGGGACGAAGCCGGGGAGGUGGACAGUCUGGCGGAGGGCAGCGUGGGGGUGGCAGAGUCUGAGGACCGCUUCGACUGGGCCAGCGACGAGGCGCCGCGGCGCCCCGACAGCCUGAAAGGGAUCCAGUCCUUCCAGAGGAGCCACAGUAACCUGGCCAGCCUGGGCUUGGCCUUCCCGGUGCCAAAUGGUUCGCUGGCCGUCGGCCGCUGGCCCAAUGCAGCCGACCGAGGCUCCAUGCCUGAGGACUGGGAGAGCUACACCUACUCCCCCGGAUACGACCGGGCUCACAGCAAGACAGAGUCCACCGACAGGUCCAGUACAGAGGACUGCCUGGUGCUGGUGUGUUGUGGACUUUACGACCUCUUGAGGGGCGUUUUGCUGCUCUUGCCUGACCUCAUGCUGGAAGAAGUGAUGGACAAGCUCAUCCUGCCGGAGGCUCUCAUCGUCCUGGUCAACCACUCGUCCCCGCUCAUCCAGAAAGGAGUCAUGAAGUUACUGGACGCCUACUUCAGCAGAGCGUCGAAGGAGCAGAGGGAGAAGUUUCUGAAGAACCACGGCUUCUCGCUUCUUGCCAACCAGCUGUACAUCCACCAGGGCAGCCAGGGGCUCCUGGAGUGUUUCCUGGAGAUGCUGUUCAGCCGACCCAUGGGCUUGGAGGAAGAACUGGACCUGGAUGAGAUGGAGAACAUCUCGCCCUUCAGAAAGCGCUGCAUCAUCCCCGUGCUGGGUCUCAUUGAGAACUCUCUGUAUGAGAACUCCUUGGUGCACAACAUCCUUUGCAUGCUGCUGCAGCUCAUCAACGCCGGGCCCAAGCUGGCGGACAUCCUGCUGGACCACGGGCUGCUCUACGUGCUCUUCAACACCCUCUCCACCCUCAACGGCAUGGAAAACGGUAUUCCCCUGAACGACUACAAGCUCCUGGUGUGUGACAUCCAGCAGAUGCUGGUCGCCGUGACGAUCCAUUCCUGCAGCUCCUCGGGGUCUCAGUACUUCCGCAUCAUUGAAGACCUCAUUACUUUGCUGGGUUUCAUGCAAACCAGCAAGAUGCGCCGCACUCGAGAGAUGGCCGUGGCUCUGCAGUUCCGAGUCCUCCAGUCAGCCAUCGAGUUCAUCAAGACCACCGCCAACCACGAGCCUCAUAAGCUGAGCAGCUCCGUGCACGCUCCCAGCUCUCCGCAUCACGCCAUCCAUCAGAAGCGCAAAAGCAUCGCAGGCCGGCGCCGCUUCUCGGUGGCGCAGACCGACUCUCUCCUGAUGCGGAUGCGCUCUGUUGCCAGCGAUGAGCUGCACCACAUGAUGCAGAGGAGGAUGAGCCAGGAGAACCCCAUCCGUGCCAGCGAAGCGGAGUUUGUUCAGCGGCUGCAGCGGCUGGUGGUUCUGGCCGUGAACAGACUCAUUUACCACGAUGUGAGUCAGGACUUGUUUGACCUGCUGAACAUCCCGGACUCUCCUGACCAUCAGUCGCUCACCCCAGAUCCCGGCAACCAGUCGCACGACGACAGCGGUCCGCCGUCUGUCCCGCACUCCCCGACCCCAUUCAGUCUGCCGCCCGCCAGCAUAAAGAGCUUCCAGAGAGACAUCCUCAAACUCAUGAUGGACGGGAUCAAAAUCAGCCUGGGCAGCAGCCCGGGUCGAGGAGGAGCCCCCCACCAUCAGUGGCAGAGGAUCCUCUGGUCCUGCAGGGACACUUUUAAGGUCCAAAUAGGUCGUCUUCUGGUGCACUCGCUCAGCACCGCACUUCCCCUUUCUGACAGGAAGGAGGCGCUGGAGUUUGUGUUUGACUCCAAACAUUUAGAAAUCCUGAAAGAAAGCCUCAGUCCAGGUCUGGAGCACGGACCUAAGCUGUCCCUGUAUCUGUACGAGAUGCUGCACGACCACCGAGACGGCCUCACGAAAGACGAGCAGGGCGCCGUGGGCGUGUUCAUGACCUCGCUGAAGCUGUGCGGCCAUCGCUGCAUCCCGCCCAGCGCCCCACACAAGCAGGACCUGCUGAAGGCCAUAAAGGAGGAAAAAUUCAAAUAUGAAGCAGAAGAAAAAAACAGCAAAGUUGCGUGGGAAAAGAAAAUGGUAAACGCUCAGCGGAAUCUUAUUCAGAGGCUGGAUGGGAAGUUGAAGGACAUUUCCAAGAUUGCGGCUGACAUCACUCAGAAUGUGUCUCUGCAGCAAGGCCAAGAAAGAAAGAAAGUCAUCCAGCACAUCCGGGGUCUCUACAAGACCGACCUGAGCGCCAGCCGCCACUGGCAGGAGCUGGUGCAGCAGCUCACCCACGACCGGGCAGUUUGGUACAACCAGAACUCCUACCCAACGUCCUGGCAGCUGGAUCCCACCGAGGGGCCGAACCGGGAGCGGCGGCGGCUGCAGAGAUGCUACCUCACCAUUCCAAACAAAUACCUGCUUCUGGACAGACGCAAGCCUGAAGAAGCAGUGAAGCCGCCGCUGUCCUUCCUGUUUGAGGAUAAAACCCACUCCUCCUUCUCCUCCACCGUCAAGGACAAAGCCACCAGCGAGUCCAUCAGGUUCACAAGAAGGUGUGUGAGUGUUGCUCCAUCCAGGGAGACGGCAGGAGAGCUCCUUCUAGGGAAGUCUGGGAUGUACUUUGUGGAGGACAAUGCUGCUGAUGCACAGGACAGCCAGAUUCUUCACGGGGAGACCGAGGCGCCCUCCUUCUCCUGGACGUAUGAGGAGAUAAAGGAGGUGCACAAGAGGUGGUGGCAGCUGAGGGACAACGCCGUGGAGAUAUUCCUCACCAACGGCAGGACGCUGCUGUUAGCCUUCGACAACACCAAGUUCCGAGACGACGUCUUCCACAACAUCCUGACCUCUGACCUUCCCAACCUUCUGGAGUACGGGAACAUCACGGCGCUCACGCAGCUCUGGGGCUCCGGUCAGAUCACCAACUUCGAGUAUCUAACGCACCUCAACAAGCACGCCGGCCGCUCCUUCAACGACCUCAUGCAGUACCCCGUGUUCCCCUUCGUCCUGAGCGACUACACCAGCGAGACGCUGGACCUGCAGGAGGCCAACAUCUACAGGAACCUCAGCAAACCCAUCGCGGUCCAGUCAAAGGAGAAGGAGGACCGCUACGUGGAUAAUUACAGGUACCUGGAGGAGGAGUACAAAAAGGGCAUUCGAGAAGACGACCCCAUGCCCCCCGUCCAGCCGUACCACUACGGCUCGCAUUACUCCAACAGCGGCACCGUGCUGCACUUCCUGGUCCGAAUGCCGCCUUUCACCAAGAUGUUCCUGGCCUACCAGGACCAGAGCUUUGAUAUCCCCGACCGGACCUUUCACUCCAUGAACACCACGUGGCGUCUGUCCUCCUACGAGUCCAUGACGGACGUGAAGGAGCUCAUCCCAGAGUUUUUCUACCUCCCAGAAUUUCUGGUUAACAGAGAGGGUUUUGAUUUUGGCGUUCGCCAGAACGGGGAGCGGGUAAACCACGUGAACUUGCCCCCUUGGGCUCGCAAUGACCCUCGUCUGUUCGUCCUGAUCCAUCGGCAAGCUCUGGAGUCGGAUCACGUGUCCCAGACGCUGUGUCAGUGGAUCGAUCUGGUCUUUGGGCUCAAACAGAAAGGCAGAGCUGCCGUUCAGGCCAUCAACGUCUUCCACCCCGCAACUUACUUUGGCAUGGACGUGUCUGCUGUGGAGGACCCGGUCCAGAGGCGGGCCCUGGAGACCAUGAUCAAGACGUACGGACAGACGCCCAGGCAGCUCUUCAGCGCUUCCCACAUGAGCAGGACGGGGCCCAAACUCAUGAUGGAGGGGGAGCUGCCGGCGGCCAUGGGGCUCCUGGUCCAGCUGGCCUUCAGGGAAACGCGAGAACAAGCGAAGGAAGUCGUGUGUCCGAGCCCGCUGCCGUGGAUCAAAGGUAUGAAGUGGGGGGAGUUUGUGGGCUCGCCGUCCGCCCCGGACCCCGUGGUGUGUUUCAGCCAGCCGCACGGGGAAAGGUUCGGAUCUUUGCUGGCGCUGCCGACCCGGGCCAUCUGCGGCCUGUACAGCAAGUUCUGCCUCAUGAUGAUUUACAGCAAAGAGCAGGGCGUGCGGAGCAUGCACAGCACCGACAUCCAGUGGUCUGCCAUCCUGAGCUGGGGAUACGGCGACAACAUCCUGCGGCUGAAGAGCAAGCAGAGCGAGCCGCCCAUCAACUUCAUUCAGUGUUCACAGCUCCACCAGGUGAGCAGCUGCGCCUGGGUACCCGACGGCUGCCAGCUCUUCACGGGCAGCAAGUGUGGAGUUAUCACCGCCUACAGCAACCGCUUCACCAGCAGCACGCCAUCAGAGAUGGAGGUGGAGUCUCAGGUGCACCUGUACGGCCACACAGGCGAGGUCACCAACCUGGUGGUCUGCAAACCCUACAGCAUCCUCAUCAGUGUGAGCUGUGAUGGCACCUGCAUCAUCUGGGACCUCAACAGACUUUGUUACGUGCAAAGCCUCACAGGUCACAAAAGCCCGGUGACCGCUGUGGCUGCCAGUGAAACCACCGGAGACAUCGCCACAGUCUGCCACUCUGAGGGUGGAGGAAGCGACCUGCGCCUGUGGACGGUGAACGGUGAUCUGAUUGGUCACGUCCACUGCAGAGAAACCAUCUGCUCGCUGGCCUUUUCCAACCAACCUGAGGGCGUGUCUGUCAACGUCAUAGCCGGCGGUCUGGAAAACGGCGUAGUGAGGCUGUGGAGCACCUGGGAUCUAAAACCAGUCCGAGAGGUCACCUUUGCAAAGUCCAGUAAACCCAUCAUCAGCCUGACGUACUCGUGCGACGGCCACCACCUCUACACGGCCAACAGCGAGGGCACGGUGAUGGCGUGGUGCCGGCGGGACCAGCAGCGCAUGAAGCUGCCCAUGUUCUACUCCUUUCUGAGCAGCUACGCCGCAGGCUGACCUCCUCCUGCUCCUCCUUUUCUUCAUCUGCACUGACAGGGAGGAGGACGCUGCCUCUCUGAACCUGCCCUGACUCCUAAUAAUGCCACCCCCGGCUGAGCAAGCUCCACCCGCCCUUCCCAGCAUCAGCAGUGAUGAAAGUGUUAUGUGUACAUAGAUCUAUAUUUAUAAAAAGUUUGGAUGAAGCUGCAGCAGACACUUUACACUAAACCUCUCUGUCGUCUUUUUGUUGGUUUCCUGGGAAGCUGCUAACCCCUGACCCGAAGCGUGUGAGGACCCGGGUCUGUCACUGCUCCUUGCUGGGGGGGGGGGGUCGUGCUCUGUGAGUGUGUGUGUGGGGGGGCUGUGUCGCGGCUUCACUUUGUGUCUCGCAGGAGCGACCGCACACGGGGGGGGGGCACCGUGAAUCGGACCCCGUGGUUCUGUCCUCUGUGUUUUGUAUGCCCCCCUGCCCCCCUCCAGCUGUGACAUUUCCUCUCACGACCUGCAUCCAGAAGCUCCACCCCCCCCCCCCCUGCUUUUCCGGUUUUACUGAACUUUUAACUCCGAAGCUUCUUCAGAUCAAUAACACUAAUCUUCAACCCCCCCUCCCCCACAAUGAGGGUCCACUCCUCUGAGGAACCAGUCGCACUUCCUCUUUGGCUGUUUCUGUGGAUCAAACUGCACUUUUUAUGAACCCAAAACAGCCAUAAUUGUAGUCUUAAUUAAAGUUUUUAUUGAAUGAGACAAAUAAACUAAAAGAAAUGGUUUUCCCUCCGUCUUCUGGGUAAACCCGCCUCUGUCUUCUGUUUGUUUUAACCCUCUGUAGUGAAUGAUCGUCCAUCGUUUCAUAAGAAAGGGAACAUUUCUCGUUUUCAUUUCUUUCAGAAAGUUUGUUUUGUCCCUUUUCUGAUCUGAACCUAAAGAAAAUGUGACGUUUUUGUGUUUCUGUGAGAACGGGUGCAACUCCAACCUCCUGCUGGUCUUCAUCCCUCCACCAGUUUUCUGUCAGGAAAUGUGAUGAAAGUUUUUAUUAUUUCUGUUUAUACCUUAUCUGUGCAUAAUUUAAGACCUGCUUGUGAUCCCGGAUUUCUCCAGACCAGUUUUUGUAGAUCGGCAUGCGGGCAGGAGGUUGUCUUAGGUUUUGAUGUAUAUAUAUUUGCUUGUUUAUGCACAAAACCAUGUGAUAUUAUAAAUAUAUAAAUAUAUAGAUAUAAAAUAUUUGAAGAAAUAUUACUAAA